AUGGACAAGAUUAUUUUCCUUCCCGAAAAUGAGCAUAUCUCAACCAUUAUUUUUUUACAUGGCACAGAUUUAGCUAAAACUAAAGAAGAAAUUGUCUUUAAUGAAAAAACUAGAAAGGAAUUUUUCAAACUAAGUUUAUUUUCCCGCAAUCAUUUGCCACUGACUGCUGAAUUAACUUUCCCUCAAGCUUUAGGUGGGGUAAUUUGUUUAUCAGGUAUUUUGCCUUUGUAUCAAAGUGCCUGUCAAUUAGCAGAAAAUAAAAAGCCAAAAACAUCUGUGCUAAUCUGCCAUGGUGAAAAGGACAAAUUAGUUCCUCUUUGGAUUAGUCAAACCAGCAUAGAAAUUUUAAUGGACAAUGAUUAUUUAGGAAUUCAUGAUUUGAGGGAAUAUUUACGAGAGAAGCUCUAUCAAUAUGACUCUAUCAAAAAUGAGGUUGUUCUCCAAAACAAGAUAAAUUUAAAAGCUAAUAA